AUGACUACCAACUCAGCAACAAGCGAUGCUACCGCCCAUGUAGGCGAAACACCAAAGACCAAUACCAACAUAGCAGCUUCGUCAGAUCCAAAGCCCACUCAGUCCACAUUCAUAAUCAAAUUAGAGAAAACACUACAUAUACCAAAGUGGUUCACUCCUUCCCUGACGGAUAGACGACAAUGGAAGAACUUCAUAAGAUGUAUGAUAACGACAUUUGGUGCUUUGGUGGUGAUGUUAGCUCAGAAUUCCCUGAACAAAAUUGGACAAGCUGCAUUCUUCGGAGCAUUGAUGAGUCAGAUGUUACCUCCUUAUAUGGCUUUGAGCAUAUACCUCUUCGCUCUCUUGACUUUACUCAUCGGAUUAUGUUUCGGUUGGGCAUGGGGAGUCGCAGCGAUGGCUUCUGCUCUGCGAGCCAGGGAUCAAGUCUUGUAUAGACAGCAGGUACAGAGAGAACAAUCUGGAUACGAUACAACCGCUAAUAUAGAAGCUCAAUACCAAGCGUCCAUUUUCCGUGGAGCGUUUCUCGAUCCGGGAUCUUCGGCGGUAUAUGGUGUAUUCUUAUUCAUCGGAUGUUAUUUCUUGGGUUUUGUAAGAGCGACUAGACCGAGACUAACGCUGGGUUGUAUAUUCGGUACUAUCAUAAUGGACUUGAUGUGUUCCUUUGGUCCCCUGUUCCCUAUCCCAGAAUACACACUAGCGAAACAACUUUUGAUCCCAGCAGGGGUGUUCAUAGCAAUCGCUAUAGCCUCGAUAUUCCUCAUUUUCCCUCAAACACUCAAUCACAUCAUGUUGGAUGCCGUCACCACGAAAAUGCUAGGACCGACUAUACAAUUACUGAAAUUACAGGAUCAGGUAGUGACCACAUCACCUCAAGAUACUGAAAAAUGGCAUGAGUUGGCUAUUCAGUCUUACGCACUUAGAGCAGGUCAUAUAGCCGGCGCGACAGCUCUAGAAGGACAAACUGCUCUUCUCCAACUCGAGAUCACCAGGGGUCAGAUCGGUCCUGGGAGUCUGCAGAAGGUAUUUGCCAAGGUGAAAAAUCUCGGUCUGAGAGCUUAUGGCCUAGCGAGCUUUUCCAUGAUCAUCGAUGAACAACAUCGAUCCGCAAAAGCUGUCUUGGAGGAAUCCUCCCCACAUUCAAUGAUCAGGACCAAAGCCCAUCACGAUCGGAUGAACCAGCAUAUUGAUGAUACCCACAGCUUGAAAGGUUUAUUGCCCAUAUUGGCCGAAUCGACAUCAGAACUUCGACAAACGUCUGCUAGAGCUCUCGAUGACAUUUCAGAUUGGUUGUUGUUGGUGAAUCAUACCAGGUGGAAGAAGAAACCCUCUUCUGCACCGGACAUACAACAUCGUGAAACCAAUUUACAAGAUGUCAAAUAUGCUUUGAAGCGAUUUAGAGAAAGUAAACAUUUCCAAAUGCUUGAACCGUACAAAGACAGUUUUGAUCCCCUUACGGGUCAACUUAAACCUCAUUUGACGGAAUCAUAUCGAUAUUCAUCAAGAGAUCUGUUCAGGUGUUUCGUCUUUACCUCUAGUCUAAUUGCAUUUACGAUAGACCUGGUUGAGCUGCUGGAACUAUUACUUCAGAUCGAAAGGGAUAAUCCCAAGAGCAAGAUACAGCUUCCCAACGCAUUUACGAAGAAUGUGGUCAAGUCGGCGAACGAGAAGGAAGGUGGCAAUCCCUUAGAUAUGGGAACAGGUGAUAAUUCGAGUCUGGAUGUGAAUGCUAGAUUGGAAGAAGAUGAUCAUGAUGAAGAGAGGAGUGAAACUAGCACGACAGUGGAGAAGAAGGAUAUAGCGAAGAAAGAAAAGAAGAUGACAACUCAUGCCAAAGAUCCAGAUGCGGAAGAUCCGAGAAAUGCAUUCCAGCGAUUUGGUCGAUCGCUUCAUCAUCUCUGGCAGGGUCUCACUGGUGCUUCAGGCUUAUUCGCACUGAAGUAUAGUCUGGUUUCGGUCGCCUUGUGGAUACCGGCUGUAUGCCCUUCAUCAGCUUAUUUCACAUACACUAAUCGUGGUUUAUGGGCUUUGAUCAUGGCACAGACGGGAUUGGGUGUAUUUACAGGUGAACAGAUACAGCAGUUUAUACUGAGAAUGGGUGGAACAGUCGUCGGACUUGUACUGGGUAUGGUAGCUUGGUAUAUCGGUUCGGGUCAUGGAACAGGUAAUCCCUAUGGAGUAGCUGCUGCUACAAUGGUCCUCGUUGCUCCCUGCUUGUUCAUACGUAUCGCCGUGCCAAUGGACAAGGCAGCUUUCUUCUUGAUGACCAACGUGACUCUGGUGUUCGUGGUCGGGUAUUCAUGGGUGGACGAACAUGUUUAUCAAACUGCCAAUCAAGGUUCCGGAGCUGGAUUAGCAGGUCGAAGAGCUCUGUUAGUUAUCAUAGGUUUUGUCGCUGCGUUUAUCAUCAUGCUUUUCCCUCGUCCAGUCUCUGCGCGAGCUUUGUUCCGUAAGAGAUUGGCUAAGAACAUGUCGGAUAUCGGUGAUUUAUACGGUAGAGUCGUCACUGGUAUCGAAGGUGAAUUGGACCAUGAAGAUUCUGAAACUCAAUCCGAAGAUAAGGGAAAGGUCGCUGAAGUUAGAAGAGAGAGAUAUACGGGUGGAUUUAUGAAAGUACUUGGACGGAUUAUGGCAAUGCAGCCUCAGUUCAAUUUUGCUCGUCUUGAACCUGGACUGAGAGGUCCAUGGCCAAAGAAGAAGUACGAAGCUUUAUACAAGACCCAAAGUCAACUGCUCUCUACUCUCGCUUUGUUAUCCAGUGCAUACUCGCGAAUGGAUGUGAGAUGGUGCAAGAGGUUAGCGAGCAGAUCAGAAUUGAUGCACCCUGCCUUUAUCGCGGAUUGUCUCUCGAUGUUCUCGAUCUUACAACAAUCGCUACGUACUGGAGAACCACUACCGGCCAUGAUUCCUAUCUUUGAGAGGUUGGCUAUCCAUCGAUGUGCAUUUAAAGGUGUACCUACCCACAAGAUAGAUACGACAGUUUCACCAGAAGGAGAGAAACAUCUCAACGGAGCGGAUGACUCUCAACGGUCUCAAGUUGAAGAGUCAGGAUCAAUAGAUGGUAUGGAGAUGGCUACCAGAGAUGCCGAGAACGUCUUGAGAGGGACCAUCACAUGGGAAACUAUACAUGACGAACAAAUCGCAUUAUUUGCCACUGCCAAUAUAGCCUUGGUACAUAUUGCAGUGGGUCUUAACGAGAUGUUUACGAUCGUCAAAGAGCUUGUAGGUGAGAGGGAAUUGCAAGGUUUGGAGAGGGCUUCGGAAAGAUGGGCGAGAGGUGAAUUGGGCAGAGUAUAA